GGGUAGACCAAAAACCAAGAUGGCUGAAGUUGUUCAAAGUCACAUCGAAGAGAUGUUGCCUGAGGUUUACGAACUUCAGCAACUAGGUGUUUUGUCAUCAGUUGAGGGAAAAUCAGUUAUUAAAACUAGAACAGACUUUGAGUAUAAAAUGCGACGGCGCAUUUCAAAGAAACAGGAUUUUCUUCGAUUCAUUGAUUUUGAGCUCAAGCUUGAAAAACUUAAGCAAUCAAGAAUCCUCCAACUUGGUUUAAAUGAUGUCAGUGAGGGAGCCAGAUAUAGAAGCUUGCAGCGUAUUCAUUUCAUUUUUCAGAAAUGUCUGAGAAAAUACAAGAGUGAUGUGCCUCUUUGGAUUCGAUACAUUCAAUACUGCAAACAGGUUUCAAGUACCCGAUCACUUGGCCUAGCUUUUGUUGAAGCCCUGAAACACAACCCCAAUUGUGUUCAGUUAUGGAUUAUGAGUUCCAAAAAUGAGAUGGAGGUGAAUAAGAAUAUAUCAGCUGCACGAUCGAUUUUUCUGCAAGCGUUAAAGUUUAAUUCAGACUCUGCUGAAUUGUGGACAGAAUAUUUCCGCCUUGAAGUUUUACAUGUUGAAAAACUUCAAAAACGCAGACAAAUCAUGGAUGCAUGUGAUAAACCUUCUGCUCUUGCAGCCACGGAUGAUUUUAUGAACUUCAAGACUGCAAGGAUUGUGUUCAAAAAUGCUCUCAGUUCCAUUAAUCUGACUUCUCAAACUCUGUCUGGAUUUACUGAUGUUGUCGGAAAGUUAGAAUUUAAUGGAGAUGAGCUCAUGAAAUUCUUGUUUGAAGCUGCCCUAAAACAAUCUCCCGACAAUUCAUCUUUGUGGGUCUGCCUAGCUGAAUUCGUAGUCACUAAAGAUGUUGCUAAAGCCCAAAGUAUCUUACAGACAGCAUACAACACAAUUCAAACAUUUGAAUGUCUAAAAGAUAUAGUUUUGUUUAUGAUCACGUUCGCCGAGAAGCUUGGAGAUAUACGACCAAUGAUGAUGGAAUUUAUGAACAAAAGCCUUGAUGAACUUUCAAUUGGCAGCCCAGAUACAGUAAUCUUUCUUGGAGAUAAGAUGAUUGCAAACAAUUUAGCCGAUUUUCUCCCCAGAAUAUAUGACGUUGCUCUAAAGAGAUACCCAAAGAAUAAAUCUUUAUGGCUCUACAAGAUUCUUAAUCUCUCAGAUGAUCCCAGCAAAGACCUAGAAGAUGCACUCUCUGCUCUACCAGACGAUCCUGACAUACUAUCUGAAUAUCUCACCAAUUUGUCCUUUACUGACCCAGCCAAAUGCAGAACAAAAUGGGACGAAGUUAUGAAAGAGACCUUUGCUUCACCUCUUAUUACCCACUAUCUACAGUAUAUCUGUACAUCAUCUGGGUUGGAGAAUGCUAGGAAAGUAUUUAAAGAUCUUCAAAACUUGCACACUGUACCCGAAAAUGCUGUUGUUGCCAUGUUGAAUUACGAAAUGGUGGACGGGACAAAUGCGGAACAAGUAUGCCGCUCAUUUAAUCUUCUGACCACGCAUUUCAAUACAACUGAGAAUUGGAAAAUGUAUUUAGAGUUCUGUCAAAAGAAUUGUCCAGAACAGAUAUCAUCUGUGUUGUGGAAAUGCAGAAACAGUUUGUCUGAAGCACAGGUUGCAACUUUAUUGUAGAGUAAAAUUCUGUUAUCACACUUUUCAUAAGGUUAUCGGAAAAAUGUUUUUAAACCAGGGAAACUACCUGCUGCUGAGUGUUUUAAUACAGUAACUACCAUAUAUGCAAUAAUAACUGGGUUAUUUAUUAUCUUAAUUUAUUUUAACACAGUUUGACAUACUAUUUUGAUCUUUUACAUUUUA